AUGCGUGGGACUUUCAUUCUUUAUCUGCUUUCGGCGGCGCUCGGCGCCUCUGCUGGUCUGACCUCUUCUAACCUUCAAACUUAUGUCGAUGUGCUGGCACUCGACAGUGCUUUCAAUCCCAUCAAGGAAUCCUACUGGACUGGCUAUCCUCACCACCGCCGCACUCCUUUCGCGGUGUCUCCUGAUGGAAAGUCUGCAUACAUUGCCUAUCUAGAUUCUAGCGAGACUGAUGUUCAUAUUCAACAAUUGGACCCUACCACCUUCAAGGCUACGGGGACUACUGUUACCGUCCCUGGUGGAAAGGAAGCCGGGGGUCUUGUCGCUCACAAUGAUGGCUUCGCUCUUCUGACCAACGAAGCCAUGCCUUCGGGUACUACCAAUGCGCCGCCCAGCGAUACCCCCGUUCCUGUCUUGUACCGUUAUACUGAUGGCAAGCAAACCUGGAAAACCUGGCUGGGAGGACCUGGAGUGCACGCCGCUGACGGCCUCUCCGCUUCCCCGGACCUGAACGGAGACCUCGUCUACUCUGAAAGCGAAGGUCUAUACGGCGCCUACUUCGUUGUCACUGAUUACACUGGCGAUGCCUCCGGUCACUUCGGUGAUAGCAUCCAGUAUGUCACCAAUGCCGGAGAGCUGGACACUAUCACCGGUGCAUCUAGUUCCUGGGGAUGCAGCCACAACACCGGUAUUGCAUUCGAGGCUGCCGAUCAAGCUCCGUUCGCCAGUAUCUGCGCCGAGGACCAGGGCGCUAUCUGGUUGAAUACCAAGGGACAAGGCAUGAUGAAUGACGGAGUCAAGAUCUCGAAUGAGAACACUACCAACGGUGGUUCUGGUGAGCCGAUGGGUGGUAUGUCUGGUAGCUAUAGCGCCUUGGCUCGCUUUGCAGACACCACCAAGUACAUCUUCGCCUGGGUAUCUCGUGGUGCCAUCGAUGUGACCGAGAACACAUGGAUGGGCGACGGCUACACUCACGUCAACAACCGCACUAACGGCCGGAACGUUGCCAUCUCCCUGUUCACAGACAAGUACACCAAGGUCGGCGCCCAGGCAACCUCCGUUGUCGGCACCGAAGAUGGAGACAGCCAGGUCAACUGGAUCACCCAAGGAUCUAAUGACUGCUCCAACGCUCACGCAGCUACCUUUGGCACCAGCUCAGCCCUGGUCACCUGGGAAGAGAUCUCGAACCCGAUCUGUGACUACAUUGCCAUGGGUUGUCGCGGACAGUUUGCGGGCUCUUUCUUCCAGGAGGUGAGCUCGGAUGGUAGCAAGGUUGGCGAUGCUUUCUCGAGCACUGAUGUCUAUGUUGCGGGUGAUAUGGUUACUAUGUCGGAUGGUCGUAUUUGCUGGCCGUAUGUCAGCAUGGAGUGGGAUCUGUCGCAGGCGGUUGGGUUUGGUACUGCUGCGACUUAUCAGAAGGUGUCUUUUGCUUGUAUGAGCACUGGAGAGUCUACUAACAGCACCACAACUGCUUCUGCGACGACAACUUCUGCCACUUCCACCAAGAACACUGCUACCGCUGAGACUAGUGCCGCCGAGACUACUGCCGCCGAGACUACUGCUGCUGAUACCACUGCCGCCAUCGUUGAACCCACCGCUACCGCUAAAACCACAACUGUUCCCGCUGAGCAAGCCGUACAAACCGUGACUACCUUCACCACCCAGGCCCGCCAGACCUCCAAACCCAACACGGUCGUGGCCACCCCUAGCAGCGUUGCGAGUGCCCAAGCCAUCCCAACUGGUAGUGCGCAGGAUACGCUGGACUUUAUCCGUGCCGUGUUCAGAUUCUUGGUUGGCAGCAACUAA